AUUUUACGGUGCAAGGGGGGCUUGUUGAUAUUAUACUUUCUCUUCAUGCGGCAAACAUGGUGGUUAAUGUUCGGAAACCCCUCUAAGGUCACUAAGUUUGCCCUCUUUGACUCAAUCUACCAAUUAUUUCAGCUUUCUUGCAGUUGAUCUAAUUGUUUGUGAGCGAGGAAUUCGAUCAAUUGUCAUGGGAGAGAUUAUAGAGGAGACCAGUCACGAUAACAAUAAACGAAGAGAUGACGAUAAUAAUGUGGAGAUCACCGUCAAAACCGUCGGCCCUGCUCGUCCUUCUCGCCUUCUCGUUGCCUCUUCAAUCAAAGUGCAUGAUUUGAGGACUUUGAUUGCCAGAAGUAAACAUUUACCAAUAGAGAAUUUGAGGCUUAUUUUGCGAGGGAACGUUUUGGUUGACAAUGAAGAUGAGGAUGACGUGUAUGUCAAACUCAGUAAUGAUGACUGUGUGAUUGCUGCUGUCAAACCAAAGGCACCUGCUAAACAUCUUCGAGAUGAUACUUAUAUCGAUGAUGAUGAUUUAGAUCUGAAGUUUCAACUCCCACAAUCAACAAGCCGGUGGAAGAAGAGGCUUUACUUUUUCCUAAAUAAUAAGAUAAAGCUUCCUGAUAUGCUUCUGAUGGCAAUUUUCUCACUCAGUCUGAAGGUGUGGGCUAUUAUCAUUCUAUGGUUUACUUUUGCACCUAUUGCACAUCGAUGGGAUCUUGGACCUUUAUACAUACUUGGGACAGCCUUUGCUAUCAUUUUCAUGAAUCUUGGACAGCGGCAACCAGGAGAUCUCAGUGCAUAUUCUAUCUUUAAUGAUGAUUUCAGAGAGCUUCCUGGGACCCUUAAUGCUGAUCGACUCGAUAGGGACAUUCGAGCAGGUCAAUUUUGAGCAUGUAAAACACCAGUUUUGAUCACAAUCAUAGAAACUAUAUAACAGUGUAUGCACAACUGCCUAGAAGUUCAACUUGAGCCAAGUAAUUAGCACAUGCUCUAGCCUGCUGUCAUUAACUAAUUAAACUGUAAAUUCUAUGGAGUAUUUUGUUGUUAUUAUUUUAAUCUUUGUAUUUCUAGCCUGCUCUCUCUGGCAUAAACCGAAAUGCUCAGGUCGUACAAUGUGUUAACCCUGUAACAUUUUCCCUGCUUUCAACCAUUGGAUAGCAUUUCCGAAGCUCGUCAGUGGCCAUUGAAUGUUCCCACAAGAGAGCAUGGGCCCUCUGUUGUAGCAGAAUUAUGGUUAAUGAUAAUGUUAACUUGUGUCAAAGGCCAA